UCCAGGCGCUCUGACAUGUUCUCCCUGUGUCAGCGUGGGUUUCCUCCAGGUGCUCUGACAUGUUCUCCCCGUGUCAGUGUGGGUUUCCUCCAGGUGCUCCGACAUGUUCUCCCCGUGUCAGCGUGGGUUUCCUCCAGGUGCUUUGACAUGUUCUCCCCGUGUCAGCGUGGGUUUCCUCCAGGUGCUCCGACAUGUUCUCCCUGUGUCAGCGUGGGUUUCCUCCAGGUGCUCCCACAUGUUCUCCCUGUGUCAGCGUGGGUUUCCUCCAGGUGCUCCCACAUGUUCUCCCUGUGUCAGCGUGGGUUUCCUCCAGGUGCUCUGACAUGUUCUCCCCGUGUCAGCGUGGGUUUCCUCCAGGUGCUCCCACAUGUUCUCCCUGUGUCAGCGUGGGUUUCCUCCAGGUGCUCUGACAUGUUCUCCCCGUGUCAGCGUGGGUUUCCUCCAGGUGCUCCCACAUGUUCUCCCUGUGUCAGCGUGGGUUUCCUCCAGGUGCUCCCACAUGUUCUCCCUGUGUCAGUGUGGGUUUCCUCCAGGUGCUCCCACAUGUUCUCCCUGUGUCAGUGUGGGUUUCCUCCAGGUGCUCUGACAUGUUCUCCCCGUGUCAGCGUGGGUUUCCUCCAGGUGCUCUGACAUGUUCUCCCCGUGUCAGUGUGGGUUUC